AUGAUGGAUUCAGAUAAUGAUUCAGGCAAUUCAAAUGAUGGUCCAAUCCAUCGUCGUCGUACUCAAGGUACUCGUCCACCGCCACCAUCUCAUCAUCAUAAUACCAUGCAUCGACUAUCAUCUGGUAGUAAUGUUGAUCAUACAUAUCAUCCAACAAAAGAAGAUGCACCUUAUUCAGAUGAUGAUGAAGUCGAUGAAGAAGAAGAAGAAGAUGAAGAUGAUCAUCAUCGACAUCAUCAACAAUCAACAUAUCGUGGACGUGGUCGCCCAUCACAACAACAACAUCUAAUGGAUAAUUCAUAUGAUGAUGGAAGUGGACAUGAAGGUUUACCAAGAUAUACAGGUCCUUUACGUGAACAAGAUCGAUUUUUACCUAUUGCUAAUGUCGCAAAAAUUAUGAAAAAAGGUGUUCCUGAAAAAGGAAAAAUUGCUAAAGAUGCAAAAGAAACUAUUCAAGAAUGUGUUUCGGAAUUUAUAUCAUUUAUAACAAGUGAAGCAUCAGAUCGAUGUCUUCAAGAAAAACGAAAAACAAUUAAUGGUGAAGAUAUUUUAUUAGCUAUGUUAACACUUGGUUUUGAUUCAUAUGUUGAACCAUUAAGAACAUUCUUAACAAAAGUACGUGAUGCAUCAAAAUAUGAUCGAACAAUAACAAUGGGUGGCGAAUUAACAGAUGAUAUACGUAUGCAAGUUGCACAAGCACAAGCUAAUCAAACAGGUGGAUCCUUAGCUCAAGCACAAGUUGCUACAACGGUACAAGUUCAACCACAAACAACAACAACUACAUCAACUUCUUUAUCUGGUCAAACAUUAGCAUCGAAAUCAAAUGUAACGACUGCUAAUCCGAAUGGACUUGAACCUUAUGGACAUUCAGUUCGUGUUGUAACUUGUAUUCGAAAUGAUCAACCGGGUGAAAAUCCAAAUUAUGUUUAUACAAUUCAACCAUAUCAAUAA